ACAGCUUAUAUUAUCAGCUCUGAUUUGAAUUUCGUAAAAAAUUUACACCAGCCUUAUUUCAAACUUGAAGAAAGGAAUAUUCGAUACUCAUGCUUAUUCUGUUCUUCAUGAGCCUAGAAUUUAAGUAUUUGAAAGCAGUGAUCUUUGAAUUAGAACAAUGGCACUAGCAGUUUAAAUGGAAUUAAAAAGGUGUUUUUUGGGAUAAUAAGUUGGACUAGCAUUGUUAUAACCUCUCACAGUUUUAUCCUUGCAAUUGUUAUGAGCUGCUUUUUUUGUCAAGCAGUCUAGUAAACUGCCUUUGAAUUUGGAAUCCAGACACAAGAAUUUUACAUGAAAUAAACUACCAAGUAAGUGUCAACAGGUCAAUAAAAGAUUUUAUUAACAUCCAGUUGUUCUCAUGGUGACUUGUCCCCAUGAUAUAAUUUACUAAAUGCCUGGAUUGAAAAGAAUUGACACAUAUUGCCAGACUUGGAUGGUUCAUUGCAUUUAACUACUUCUGGUUGGAUAUGAAAGUGACUGGAAAGCUUUAAAACAAGAACUGAGAAUCUGGAGACUUGAAUUUUUCCCAUUGUAACUUUUCAUCAAUUUCCUUUUUGUAAAUGUCAUGUGUUUAGAAUAUGGCUGGCUACCUUUAAAUUUUUGCCCUUUUUAUUUCCUGUCAUCAGAAUGGAGGGUAGCAAGCAAGAAUGCAUAGUGAGAAGAAAAGCAGUUUGUAGUAGCUUUAAAGCUGCACGUAAUGCCAGUUUUGAAAGUUUUUUGUCUCCAUUUAAUAAAUUUGAUGCUGGAUGGUCAUUCAUUAGAAACCAACUCAACCAUAAAACACAAAAUUCUCAUACUCUUAUGAAAUUUGGUCUUCAGGUUAAGUCCAUUAAAAUAGCAAUGUUUUCCCAUUUUUAUGUGCAUGUCUCUAUGCUUUGCAAAAUUAUGGGCAUCAAAAGUUUUAAGGGUAAUGCAAUCAAUAGGCCAUCCCCCAACAUAAAAUACAAUUAGCCCUCUACCUUCAUCACGUGGGGACAAGGAAGGGCUUAUUUAAAUGGAAUUUUAUUUUCCCAUUGAAAAUAGGAUUUUCUAAGAAAAAAUUACACAAGUGCUACAAAGUUUAAAUGCUUUAUUUUGGCAUGUUCAAUUUAACUUCAAUAAUACGCAUAAAAUGUCUUGUUAUUUUAAAGUUACAGAACCAUCAUUGGGUUUUUCUGGGUGAGUCACACCCCCCCCCCCACACACACACACACAUUCAACCCCAAUGCAACGGUCCUGGGUUCCUUAUAAUGUGGUUCCUAAGAACGCAUAGCCAUAGAGCACAUUAUUCCGUUACGUCAUAGAUUGGGUACAGGGGUACCGUCCUAAAAAGUUAGCUAUGGGCUGUGCUGUAAGCAACUUAGAAGCCACACCUGAGACGACGCCCACAAUCACGCCAUAUGUAUUUGCAUUUGCGUUAGGAUUUUCUAUUGUGUAACCUCCAAACAAUUCACCGGUUCAAAAAGAUGAAUAGGAAUUUGCCCAUUUAUCAACACAAAAUCUCCAGCAUGAUAAAGGUUGCUAUUUGCCAACAAAUAAUACGUCCAACCUAACAUGAGUUCGCUGGAGAGAAGACCCCAAAAUCUCUCUUUUAGCAAAAAUUUUAGCAAGGGUGUUGAAAGCCCGAACCCCCUCCGGGAUAGUCAUGUGUGCAGUAGCGUAGCGAGGGGGGCAAGGGGGUGGAAAGGGGUGGAUUAAGCGUGGGGGGGGGUGUAGCGGGGUAUGACACCCCCAGUUUUUCUGUGUUAUUCGGUAAAUUUUGCCAACGUUUUAAACACUGCAAGCAAACGACUGUAAGAAAUAUUCUGAAAUGUAUUUUAAACCUAUAUAAAGGACGUGGUCGCAAAAAUUUUCUGCUUGCUUCGGUCCCUGGGGACCCUAUUCUAUACCUCUGCAGAAUGUUUUACAAUUUUCCCCCGUUUUAGGGUUUAUAUAGAAAAGCCAGUCACGUUCUUUAGACAUUCCUGAUAAAAUAAUAAAACUAAAAUGCUAAAGCGCUUCAAUCUUUAAAAAAACUGGAUUCUGAAAUGCUGGUCGGGGAUUUUGCAGAUUUGCUCCAAAGAGAACGGAUUUAGUUGAAACUUUUUAAUACUGUUUAUUAUUUUUAGAUAUCAGCUCACAACUUUGGAAAAUCAGUUUUUAGAGCCACAAAAGCUACACAUGACGGUUAUUGUGUUUGAUUAGCCAACCAUUGCCAUGUAAAAUGUUGAUCAAAUGCAAUUUUAUCAAAGUUAAUUUCACGAGGGUUGUUGUAAAAUUUAAUUUUCUGGGGUUUUAUCUUUAUCCGUAUUUUUACCCUAUUUGGGUGUAAAUUAUCAUGCUUUCAUUCUUGUAGUACGUCCUUACGUGCUGUUUUCGACGCAUUUGGGAAAUAGGGUAGUAGGAAAGGAGUUCUUUAUUUUGUGUUUCUACACGGAGUUGUUGGUCCCUUGGCUCUGGCGAGGGUAUUUUAGCGUUUGGGUGGGGCUUAUCAUGCUUGUUGGUAGGCGCUUUCAACGCUGUUCUCUUUUCCCGUACCCUCCCUCCCCUUUUGGUAUCUAGCAAAGGGUGUUUUCUUUUUCAAAUCCUUUUUAAUUCUUUCGUUCUCUUAGGGGUUGGGGCUUAUCUACAUAACAGUAUUUUUUAAAAAGGUCCUGUUGCUUUUUUAGUUAAGAGUGGAUCCGGCAUUUUAUUCUGUCAUAUUUUGUUUUUCCCUCUCAUACCCUAUGUAAGGUAGGACUAGUGCAUCGGCUCCCUGUUUAGGAAAAGUGAACUUUUCUUGUCCAUUCCCUCCCCAGAACUUAAAACUGCUUGCACUUGAGUUAAUCAAGCUAUAUCUAAAGUUUAGGGUUUUUCUUUAGGUUAGGUGGAGCAACUUGUGCCGAUGCACCAACGGCAACGUUGCUCCCCGUGAUGAGGGAAUGUAGCCUCAAUGCUCAGGGGGGGGGGGCACUCUGCACAUAGACAUACGGGGGGGGGGGCAAGUGCAAGAAAUUUAAAGGCCACCCAAAAAUAUCAGCUCAUUUUCAAUAAGACCCAAAAAUAUCAGUUUUACUUAUAUCUUGUACCCAAAAAUGUCACAAAUUGGAAUUUUGGGUUAGAUAAUAUGACAUAGCUGUAAUUUAUAAGAUCUGCAAUUCAAAAAAGCCGUAAAUAGUUGCAGUUGCCAUUACCACACAUGGAGCAAAUGUUCAAUUUGGAUAUUCACGACAAUUGAAACUAUCUCUAGCAUAUUUCGUGCCAUAUAAAGUUUACAGUGAGUACAAAAAGUUGCAUUAAAAUUUCCAAAGAGUAUGGUAACAUGACUCCCGACGUGACUUGAAGUGGGUAAAAUAAACCUCAGCGAAUUAGAUCCAUGAACAAUACAUUUGAUUCGGAUGUGGAAAUCUCACGAAUACCCAAAAAUAUCAGUGUUUCUAAAUUUGAUACCUAGAAAUAUCAGAAUUGUAUCUACUAUUUUCGCAGGACCCAAAAAUAUCAUUUCUGACAAAUAUUUAACCCAAAAAUAUCACUUGGCAAACAUUUGACCCAAAAAUGUCGGACCCGUAUGUCUGUGUGCCAAGUGCCCCCCUGGGCCUCAAUGUCUGAUUUGAUGAGGGAUGCGGCAAUAUUAUUUCUGAGGGAGCUAUUUUCAUCAACUUGAAAGAAUUCCUCUGUUGAUUCUUAUUUUCCCGGGGGUAAACCCCUGGACCCCUGCUGUUGGAUACCUCUUUGAACCUCCAAUCUUCCAACCCUGGCUACGCACGCCUACGACACUCCCUAUUUUUUACACGGAAUUGCAAUCAUUGCAGAAAUGAUGUACGUUUCAAAACGACGUGCGUAUGUGGUGCUCUACUGCUCUUGUGUCCGAAGUAACAAACAACAACAAUCAGACAAUAGGGCGACUUGACUAAGCGCGGACGUGACACACAUCGGCUUCUACUUGAAAUUGAAAAUUAGCACAAAUAAUUUCUCCUCUCGAAACAAGGAAGAAACGUUCUUGCUCAACAAAUUUUGCAUUUAGGAAAGCCCAUUAGACAUGCUGUCAACAAGGCAGGAAUGGCAAAUUUCAGGAUUGGAUACUACUAAGAAAAGGCGUAUUGCUUUAAUAGCUGCACAGCUCAUAGGUGGGAUUGUCAUUGCUAUUGCUGGUGGUGUAUGCAUUGGAGAAGCAGCAAGUAGCUUUGCAGCGCCAUAUGGAGUUGGAUCAGUGUUUGCUGGAUUUAUUACAACGUUUGUUUGCUGCAUUGGUUUAAAUACACUUCGAAGUUAUGACAAUAAAAAAUGGCUUAUAGCUCAUUCCAUUGGAUGCAUUGUUGCUUUGAUUGUGCAGUUCAUUGGGCUUGGUCUUGCCAUCAAAGAGACUACCAGAAAGAGGGAGAACUGUAGGUGGCAGCUGUUUUCUUUGGAUUGUAAAGAGUACAACACCGCCCCUGCCAUUGCUUUAUGCAUCCUUCUACCCAUAGUCAUCUGUAUUACAAUCUUUACAUUGGUCGUGCAGAGUAUGGAUGCCAAGAAUGAAUCCCAGUUGCAAGCUUCUAGAGCUACGCAUGUACAAUACCCUUCUGGAGCAGGAGCAGCAACGGCAUCACCGUACCCCACAACCUAUCAAACUGGCAAUUAUCAACAGUCUUACCCGCAACCAGGGCAACCAGCAAUGACUACUGGGUAUCAGCAAACCGACACCUAUCAACAGCCUCCAUACUCACAACCAGGGCAACCGGCAAUGGCAACUGGGUAUCAACCGACUGCACCACCAUACUCGCAAGAUUCAACAUAUCCACAAGGCGCCCCUGCUAAUGCUUUCUCCUCCACACAGCCAACUAUGCCGCCAGUUAUAGAUCCAAACGUCCCUCCACCUCCAACUUAUAAUGAAACUUUUGGCUAUGAUAAAAAGCAGUGAAAAGGAAAGUCAGUAUGAAUUUUUAGCGGUCGUGCAUGGUAUUUGAUAGCCAUAUUACGCAAAGGUAUUAUAGUAGCCUUGACCUUCGGGGAAACCAAGCCAAAAAUCUCCGAUAAUCUUAUUUGCUUAUUCACAUCCAUCGCUUAGUAUUAAAAUUCAUUUUACAUUCAUACCGCACUAAUACCCCUGGCUUCUUUUUAGAUCUCUAUUACAUGUACUAUUGGAUAAGAACGAAGUAUGUUUGUUAUCAAAAUGGUAGAUUUAUAAUCAAUUGGUAUAAAUGCAUUUUAUCAGAUACUCUUCGUUAUGUUGCAAUCCUAGAAGUUAAUAAAGUAUACAAUUUCGCUGCGUAAAGAAUGUUUUGAUAGUGAAUUAAAAGUAAAAAGAAAUAAAUUUAGGGUUUAAAUGUAAAUAUUGUUUUAAUCAGGGUUUAAAUGUUUUUAAUUUUUUUAAGAUAUUCACCAUAGAAUUGCACUCCUCACCCGUAUUAUAUCUUUUCUAAACUUUUUCUAUAAAUUAGCUGUGCUUUACUGAAUUCAACAUUUGCGUAAUCUUAUUAUCGCAUUUUAACGACAAUGUUUUUUGCGGGUAUUUAUUGACAAAGUUUCAAUUUUAUUUACUCAUGUUAAUUUUGUCAAGUCUACAGGACCUCUCACAAUAAAUGAAUGCAUGGGGCUUUAUAUGAUAAUUUUACAACCGAAAGACAGCUGAUUGGCUAAUCCAAGAAUCCGUUUGCAAUAAAAAUCCCUGAUACUUCAAACCAAAGUUUUAAAUCCGAGAUUAUACAGAGUAACAUAGCUAUAGAAUCGACUGUUGUCUGUCGUAUUGUUGGGAAUUUGUUAAUCAACAUGCCCUUGCAUGAAAGGGUGACCAAAAAUGAAAUUCUAUUGCCGGGUAUAAUACUGUGCAAUAAAAUGUUAGCUGACGCGCCAAAAGCUGAUGGUCUGAUCAAAUCUUCCGAAAGCAAUACAAAGUUGCCUAAUUUGCAAGUGACACAUGCCUCAAUUGACAAUAACUUGAAUGAAGAGGGUGAACUGAAGAACAAGCGCAAACCAGGUAGCAGCAAGCAAAGACAUGAGGAUUUAAAAAAGUCACUGGAAUUUGUGAGCAUCGUUGAUAAUCCACCAACAGAACUGAAGUUUGUAUCAAAAACCGAUGUGAGGGGAUCACAACAGGCAAGCCAUGACAUCUGCACACGUUGGCUGGAACAUAUUGCAAGAUCCAUGCACGAACAAAUAAAAGAGAACGAAGCACCCUUGAUGUUCUCAAGAGAACAGGAACAUAUGCAGCAUCGGAAUUCAGAAGAGCAAGUCGAAUUAGAGGAACAUCAAGCUAUUUUCGAGUUGGUGAGUAUGACAAGUGCAGAUGUUAGCAUGGCAAAAAGUUUUUCCGAAGAGGUUCUACUCCAGCCUAGAGCAAAUUUAAGUAAAAACAGCAAAGAUCUAUUGAAAAUCCCUAAAUCUGGAAGAAAGACGUCUGCUGGAAAUGUUUCACUUCAGGGUCCUGCAAGGAUCGCGGUGGAGAAUGAUGAUGUGAAAGCUGACAUAUUUAGCAAAAAUAGUUCUUGCCUUAAAACAGAUGAAAGUAGCUGUUUGGAGUUUGUUGCUCGUAGAAUGGACCUGGUAAAGAGGCAAGAUGUGUCGACGAAAAAAACGGAGAGGCGAAGUGCUCAAACAAGAGGGUCCUUUGAGUAUGACAUAACAGUAAAUCUUUUCAAGGGAAGGAUUUAUAAGGGACACAAUUGUGAAGAUGCGAGUCAGGCUAGAAGUCAAGAAAAGAAAAAAGUCUGUGGUAGGUUCGAAAAAAGGUUUAAAUCUGCACCCAAAGAGCGGAUAACUGCCUGUCAUGAAGAUGUUUUGCAGGCAAACAAAAUUAGAUUGUACCCUUUUUAUGAAACAAAGUGGAACAAAGGAGAAACCGGCGAUGAGAGUGCAAAGCAGUGCAGCAAACUGAAUGAUAAGGUAGACCUUUCACGUCAGCUUAGAUUCGAAAGCAAAAAGGCUUUUACACGAGAUGAAAGGAAAAAUGAUAUUAAUGAAAAUCUUAAAGUUUCAUCUCUGCAACUGACAGCAAAACAGCGAACGAAUGAAUAUCCAGAAAGUGGAAAAAAGCCUGAAAAUAGAGAAGAAAAAUCGGCCGAGUCAGAGAUUAAAGUGAUGAAGAUACUGUGUCCUCAAAAAAGUAACUUGGAAGAGACUCAGGGUGACUGUGAAGAUUUUCUGCAAUGUGGUCUUGAUUUGUACAACCUUCUUACAAUGAACUCCACUUCACUACGAGAAACUAUGCUGUUGUUAGCAAGAGUCACAGCCAGCUCCCAGUUGCUUUCCAACCAGCAGAUUUUGCAGUUAAUAGAAAAUGGUGACAUAAAUAUUAGUAGAUUUCUCAUCAUAAAGAAGCUUCUCCUUGCAGUUCAUCCAUUCAACACUAAAACGAUAUCAGGAAGUUUUCUGGUGCGCCCAAGGAAAGAAAUACUGUCGCUUCUUAAUGCAGUGUUAGAGUUUAUUGAUCGCUGUGAAAAGAUCCUGAAGCAGGAGAAAAGGGCCUCUUUCUUAGAGGCUCUGAACGAUUUCGACACUGGUAUCGACUGCAUAGAACGGGGUGUUGUUGUUGGAAAAAUGCCGUCGAUUUCCGUCACUGGAUACAACCAAGGCUGCAAGAAUAGCCAAACAGUUGUAGAUGACGUUGCAAGCCACAAAGAGAAAAAGAAGAGAAUAAAUCUUUUAAGAUCAAAGAAACUACGUAUAAAAAGAGAAAACACAGAAGAAUAUUUGGAAAGAAAAGCGAUUUCCAUAGCAUCGUUGCGGAGGAGCAUUCUUGUAAACGCCAUGGAUUUGGCUACAAAUAAUGGAUGGAGAAGAUCUUAUCUUCUACGAAGAAGAUAUCUACCAAAAAAGAAGAAAAUGAAAUCUCUCUGCCUAACCGGAUUUAAGCAUGUGAACACAUUCACAGUGAAGAAAAAUUCUCAGAAAAUACAUAAUAGAGAGUGUCAUCCUCUUGAUACCACACCUCCCUCGAGGAGUUCCGUCAGUACUUCUUUUGAUUCAGGAGAGCUGCAUGACUAUCACGUUUCAAAAGAGAAAUCAGUGUUACAUGAACUUCAAGCAAAUGGGGAUGAUAAUCAAGAGCAUUGUGAAACGCAAGCACAUGAUUCACAAAAUGCUGAUGUAGAAAAGGAGUCAGGGGAAAAUUUAUUAAGAAAACAGAGACGGAGAUCUCGGGGGACGAAAGUUUGUGAGUUCUUGAAAGGAAGAAUUAGCUCAAAGCUACAAAAGAACUUUGAUUUGUAUCCCAAGAUCCAGAGGCUAAUGAGCUCUUUACACGAUAAGACUGAGAGCAAAGAUGACAUCAAGGCAUCGAGAGAUGCAAAGACCGAUUAUAUUUCACAUUUCAAAUUGAUCGAGCCCAAUCGCUAUGAGAUGUAUUGCAAGGCAUUUGCUAAAAUGGACAAAGAAGACAAAGGAUGGAUCUCACCUGACAUGGUGAGAAUGACAGUGAGAUUUGUGGACAGCGUGGCUUCUUGUUCUACAAAGUUCAUUGAAUAUGCUCUUACGGUCCUCGACGCACUCCUUGUGCCAAAGAUAACACUCAAAAUGUUUUGUGUGAUUUGUGGGGUGUUGGAGAAAAUGCUUGAAGGAGGAGCUGUUAUCAGUGAUGCGGUUGGCGCUUUGAAUCUCCUAAUGAGCGAGGGAAAAAUAUUUUGGUAUAAGAGCAUGUUUUACGAUUCUUCGGAGCUGGACAAAAAUUUUGUCGGCCUAGAGACAGUGAAAUUGGAACUUUUUGCCGGAGGAAUUGGAAAAGAAGAGGAACAGCAAAUAUCAGAAAAGAUUGUUGACAAGGACAGUAAUAAAAUAUCAUAUUUGGACUUCAUUGCCUACAUUCCACUGUUUAUCGCGAUUCAUGACAAAAUUUGUGCAAAUGCCUUUGAAUAGAGCCAAAUGAACAAAAUUAUAUUAAACUGAUUAAUAUAUUUACUGAUAAUGUAAUUUUAGGCAUCAAAAUAGUCAUUUAAACAAGGUAGUUUAUCAAGGUUGAAUCUGAAGUUUUGAAUCAACAUUUUGAAAUCUUGAGGAUCUCAUGUGAAGUAUUUCUCGCAGAUUUUUUAUCACGUAUUGUUGCAAGUUAUAGAGGUUGACUUUAUGUGAAAGGGACAUCGAAUUGACUUGCUGUUAAUGAUACUGAAAGACACUUUCAAUACAGCUUACAAACCUGCCUAUAAUCAAGCUUACGUUAGUCUAAGUAACAUGUUGACAAUAUUCACAUAGUUCGAAAGGAAUGCCUACUUAAUUUUAUGAAUUCUGCUUCCAUAACAGUACGUGUAAAAUGUGAUCAGUAGUUUACCAACGACUAAAUGUUAUUGAUUCAAGAUAAUCUUUUCUUGUUACUUUUUGUUGAUUAGCAUGUGAAUCUAGAUUUUAGGUUUAACUUUUAGAUAAAAUGGACAUUAAAUCUAAGUAUUAAAACUUUUGAGAUGGUAUGAAUUAAGAUGAAGGUGCUGAUAUUUAAAAAAUGCAGGUUUUACGUUUGUAAAUAAAAUGACAGAUAGAAAUUUGUUUCAAUUUGCCUUCAUUUCAUGUAAAUGUUUGCUGCCUUAAUUAUUAUGUAAAGUCUAAUGUAAAUUGCAAUUGUUGAUAUUCAUUAAAUGUAAAGAUUAUGUAUUGCAGACAAAUAGUAUUUAAAAUGAAUGAUUCAUUCGUGCAGCAUCUUAUGAAAAUGAAAAAGCAGAAGAACUUAACAUGCAGAUUCAAAGCCAAUACUUACAGGUUUGAAGAAUACUGCCAACAACAUUGCUUUUCCAUUUAUGUUUAACGAUAUAAUAUUUUCUGUUCUUAUACGUAACUAUCAUUUCAAAAGCACAGUGUUAACAAGCUUUGCAUAGACUUAAAGUUUCUACCUGAACAAGAAUUGUACAAUUUUCUUAGCGUCACAAUCUUUACAGCAGUGUCCCAUCAAAAUCAAAGACAACUUAAACAAACCUUAUCGUUAGCGGCCUUUUUCUUCAGAGUAUUAUUAACUAAUUCUACUAAAUUUCCUUUCUGUGAAAUUCUUCCUACAUCCUUGUGAUUUCUUCUAAGUCGUUUCGCUUCUACUGCGUGAAAAAAUCUGGACCAUGAAACGUCGCUUUAUUUUCGGGUUUCGAUAAAUCCAAAUGACUGCAUUGAGAGUAGAAUUGGAACAGACAAAGAUUAUGCUCCAGAAUACGAUCAAAGCAACUAUAUCUCUGUAUUUUUCCUUCUUAUUCUGGUACAUGUAAGACCAUGUGAUACUGGAUAUAAAAUACGGAAAGUAGCUGAUAAUUUGUGCAGUUAUUAUUAAAAGAAUAGUUUUUGCAAGUACAGCAUCUGCUCUAACCUUUGGAGAAAGCCCUUGUCCCUCAAGAUUUUUCGUCUUUAGAAUAGACUUCAUUUGCUUUUUUAUCGACUUUAAGAUCAAUAUAUAGUUAGACCAUAUAAAAAACACAACGAAGGCGUCAACUGUUGACAUUGUGAAGUCAAAAAUAUGAAAUGUCCUAUUUAUGCUUGCAACCACAGAAGUUGAUGACACAGCCAAAGCAAUGACCAAGUUAAUGACAAUAAGAACAGUUGCUCUUCUUCCAGUCAUCAAGGAACUGUAUUUUCUCGAGUGUUUAAUGUGUAUAUAUCGAUCUAUAGAUAUGAUCGCGAGCAUAACGCCGGAAAAAUGGCAGCAAGAAAAUGAAAAUGCUUGGGUAAAUAGUUCAGCUGUACAAGAAAUAUUGCCGUGAUACAUAAAGACUAUUGAUGCUAAAUAAAACGUUUGUCCAAACAGACCAACUCCAGUAUCGGAAAUGCUUAGGCAGACGAUAAACUUGUUCGAUAAUGUGUUGAGUUGCCCCGUAGUCUUCAAUGCAUAAAUUAAAAAUAUAUUUACCAAUAUGUUGCUUAUUGCGACUGCAGUAUUGACUGUCAUUAUAACAAUGAGAUUUCCAGGUGAAAUUUUGUCCUCAGUCGGGUAGGCAGUUUUACACCAUUUUGCAGGACCCAUCGUUUCAUGGUCUAGAAACAGUUUAUGUUGCAGUAGUUAUCGAACAAACGGCGCCAAAAUUGAAAUUGUUUUGUCCUCUCAGUUCAACAUGCAAUAGGCAAAAUUGGGUGUUUCUACAAACAACCAGUUGUUUGCAGGAUGUUUUCAAUCAGAAUGAUCGUAAUGUGUUAUAUUGUGUUGUGUUGUUCAGAGGCGGAUCCAGAGUGAGUUCCUUGGUGCACAGAACUCAGUCAGUUAUCCGACAUAUAGCUAAAAAUAGUGUUGCCUGAAACAAAUAAUAUUUAAACUAAAAAAGUGAAACCUAAAAAUUCCGAGUUUCAUCACAGUCCCUUCAAAAUCUUAAAAUUGAUAGUUUGAUGUAAUUCGUUCGCCCUUUUCGUUCCUUAUUCUCUGUCAUGGUUUUGAAACGAUUUUCCAGACGCUAUGGAGGACAACAGCAGUCAAUCCUAGAACUCGGAAAUGAACGUUUUGUGCCUCGGAAGAGAAUGAAUUGAAACAAUGGGAUUUUCGUUUCAAACACGGAUGGAACUCAGUCAAAAAUCUUUAAUCCAAAUUCUUUAACGCAUAAACUGAAAGAGAUACAGUAAGCAACAUCACUUAAUGGACAUUGUUUCUAUUUAUUGGUUAUUUAAUGCACAGUGUAAAAAUCUGUGAUUAUUCAAAGAUGUUAUAUGAUGGAAAGACAAGCAUUUGCGUAAAGAAAUCAUUAACCAUGUUCUAAAUGAGUCUUUUGGCGAUGUCUUACUCUGCCACGGCCAGACAUGAUGAGUUUCAAAACCAGAACAUUUGCAGGCUAACAUGUUUUCGUUCUUUAGAGGGUACCAAUAUUUUCAGCGAUGGAAUCAUCAUUUUUUGUGUCUGGAAUCGGAAUUGGCAUAUUUUUCUAGAACUCGGUAGUUGAUGGUCGGGAAUCUGGAAUUGGGCUGAAAACGUAGCGAAAAUCUGGGACUCAGGGGACCAUUUCGGUACCUAUUUUUGAUAUGCGAUAAAGAAAUAACAUUGACUUUUAGACCUUGAGGAAAAUAAACAUGUAAUACUUAAUAGCGAUCAUAGCAAGAAAUGGAAACAGAUUGAAAAUUUAUUAUCAAUUUUUGCAAAAAAAUCUACUUGUAUAUAGUGUGGAAACAUAUGAAUACAUAAAUUUUGCAUGAAAUACUUUAUGAAGAAAAUUCAGGUCAUGAAUGAAAUUUUUUUCAUUAAAUCAAAACAGGUGCAAUUUUAUCCUACCUCUCUUUCUUGAUUGUAAUUUCGCAUUUUUGACACCAAAGCUUUUUAGUUCCUUGGAAUAAUCCAAGAAAAAUGUUUGGCUUUAAAGGUAAUCUUGGCAAAUUUCAAAGUAAACAUCGGCUAGAAAAACAUUUAAACGUCCACCAACUAUCAUUUGAAUUCUUAUUAGCUAUUUUUUAUUUCUACUCAUAUGCUUCAGAUUCUUCGAUGGUGCAAUUGGUAGAAUAUUUCUUUUUUGCAUGCAACAAAAAUCAACAUAUUUGAAAACAUCUGAAUUUUAAAACAGUUGGUGAUCACUAUUUUAUUUCUUGAAACAGCAACCACAAUUCUACUUCAUGUUGAUUCCAGGUGCAAGCUUUAAAAAGAAACAUAAAUUUCUAAAACUAAGAUGAAGAUUAAAAGAAGUGAUGUGAUUUGAUCGAGACGUCUUCCAAUACACUCAUUUAUAUUCCAAUUUGUGCAAUGUUUUGUCGAAUCCAACCUAGAAUCAAAACCGUAAACCUAUUUUGCUGACUGGCACAUUUCCAAACUUUGGAUAGAUCUUUUGCAGUAUCCUUCUCUCUUAUUUUACCAUUAACAGACAGCUCUAGCCAAUGCUGCCUGAUCUAAAGUAAUUGUUUUGUAAUAUUAAAGGCAGAUUAGUGUUGCGAAACAAAGCAAGCUGAAAAUAAAAGCGCGCGAAACGGAGAAAAACAGUUAAAAGAGAAUUUUAAAUACACGAUAACGAAGAAAUGAGACCAUUGAUUGAAGCAGCCAACACCGAACAGAACUUAAUGUCCACAAAGUCACUUCAUAAGAAGUACAAAGCAAAAUUGUGCCUCUUGUUACAACUUGCUUCCUAGUGCAAAGAAUCAUAUUGUUAGUUUUGGUUCUGAUUGUAGCUAGGUUUCAAACAUCCACUAUCCAUAAUUACAUACAAACAUCCACAAUUGCAGUGAUCA